UCUCUUUGUAAGUAUAAAACGGAAGUAAUGGAGUUGUAAACAUGGCCGAUAAUUUGGUGGGAGGACAGAGGAUUUCUUAUCAAUUCUGGAAGGAAUGCCAACUAGAAGAAAUGUAGGAACUUAAGAGCUGGUUUAAAGGAAAGAAUUGUUAAACUGCUGCCAUGACAACCAAAAGACCAAGUCUGAAAGAUCGAAUGAUUGAAAAACUCCACACCGGAACAGCCAGAUUCCGUGGUGGUAGUAACGAGGACCUCACCACUGGUGCCGAAUCAGAGAGCAAGAGAUCGAGUGGGACAACUACAUGGUACACGCAUCCUCAACCCGAGGUCACAUCAGGUGAAGGACAAAUUGAGGUCACAGAGGUGUCUGGUGCAGUGAAAAAUGGAAACAAGCCGAAGAAAGUACCACCGGAGGGUACUGUGGAGUACAAGGUGUGUGGGAGUGACACUCUGGCUUCCAUUGCAGCACACUUUGAUACCACCCCCACAGAACUCCAGAAACUCAACAGGAUGUCAACACGAAAUGUGUUUGCUGGACAGACUCUAUAUGUUCCUGCAAGUUUAAUGAAAUUAAAGACAGAAGAAAGUUUGGAGAAUUCACAAUCACAUGUUUGCAGUCCAAUGAAAGACGUUCCUAGAAUGGAUGUGCCACUAAUAAAGAUGGCCGAUAAGCCUCCAUCCCGAGUGCCUGGUCAUGUGGAACGCAUCCCCACCCCCAUUUCUUCACCCACAGAAGAGAAGACGGAAUUCCAUGUUCCUCACAAACUGUCUGAGGAAGAGGCCCGGGAACUUGACCAGGAGUGUUAUGAACGCUUCAUCAAGGUCCAUGCAAAACACAUCACUGAUGGACAGGCAUAUUUGACAGCAAACUCUGAUGACAAAAAGGGUGUCGUGAGUGGAGUGUUACUGGUGACCCCUAACGCUGUCAUGUUUGAUCCCAAUGUCUCUGAUCCGUUGGUCCUGGAACACGGAGCGGAGCGGUACGGUGUCAUAGCUCCGAUGGACAUGGUGGUCAGUGCAGCCAUGUAUCAUGAUAUUGCUGCCAUGAAGGUCAAAGGGCAAAGGGAUGGGAGUAAGAAACCAGAGGUGUACCACGACAGGAGUUGUCCUCUCUUCAAGUCUUGGUGUGAAGGUCAUCCGAGUUUUGAGGUUGCACGAGCAGCAUCAUACGCAGGCAACAACGAAGCUGAACUCGUCCCGACUGACAUUACAUGCACAACCAGUGUAAUCACCCCAAGUCCUCAAUCAGACACUGCCAGCUCAUGUUCAUGUUCCACUAGUCAAGGGGGCGUGUCAGCGACCAACUCUCCUGUAAAAGGUGACAAUGGUCAGUUCAAAGUUCCUAGCAUCGGUCAAGUGACUGACAGGGAACAAAACAGUCAUAUUGGUGAAUUAGAAAUGACAUCCGCAAACGAAUUUGGAGAAUUUGUAUCUUCCGAAUCUGACUUGCCCGAUUUUGAAAAAGUGCAUGAUUCCUUUACGGCAAAUGAAACAAGCACAAAAGUUUCCAGUAAUUCUUAUGAAAUUCCAUGUAAUUCAAAAAACGAAAAUGAUUUGAUAGCAUUAGACACCGAGCCAGAGUCUCGGCCUGUGUUUUUCAGUGGGAAUGAGAGUGAUAAAAUUCAGGACUCUAGUCCAAACCUUGGGUCAUCACCAAAAGAAAUGAGAAUCGGGAACAUUGUUUAUCUCCCUGUAUCAGAAAGUUCUAAAGGGCCAGUAUCUGCGGAAGACAUUGAGUCUGCCAAGGUGGUCCUUUCUAAAUUAAGUGUUGAAGAAUUUGAGCAACAGAAAUCACAAUCUCAGUCAACUCCGGUGGAUAUUCCGGUAGUCCAGCAGCCCACUCGAUCUGAAAGUAGGUCAGCUUCAUUUGGGUCAUUUAACGUAGCCCCGCACUUGAAUGCUUUUGUAAAUUAUGCAACUGGAUUAUUCAAAAGUGGUUCAGACAUUAGAGAUGUAGGGGAGGUAAUACCAGAUACCGAACUGUGCAAAGAAAGCAAGGGGAAAACUGAUAUUCUCGAUAUUAAGGGGAAAAGUGACAUGAUCAAACAAAGGUUACGAUCCCUGGGCUCCUCUCCUAAAGAAAAGUCUGAUCCAUCGGGUGUGGAUCUAGAAGUGGCAGUGGAAAAUGCAGUGAAGCUGGCAGAUAAACCCGAGUUAUUCCAGUCCUUUGAUAAGAUGUUACAAGAUAUAAAUGAUAGACUGCCUUCGAGAUACAAAUUAAUUCCCCGCCCUGCGGUGGCUGCUGAGGAUCCGCCCCUGUAUCUCUGCCUCCACCUGGGUAAACCAGUCAAUAAACUUGUGUCAGAGACAGCACCAAUCCAGGCCUACAACAAGAAAAAGAAGAAGCCCGAGUACUGGUUUUCUAUACCGAGAGAAAAAGUGGACCAGCUGUAUGCUUUCUUUGUCCAGUGGAAGCCGGAACUAUAUGGUGACGAAGAAGAGAUCUCGGCGGAGAGAAGGGGCUUUGUUGUCCUUGAUGGGGAGGAAAGGGAAGACCCCGAGGAAAUGGAAGUUUUUGAAGAGUACUUCAACAGUGGGAUCACAGCAUUACAAAAAGACUGGGAGAUAAUUAGUGCAGAAGAGGCCUGCAGGAGGAAGUCAGUAGAAUUCGAAGAAACUCAAAUGUUACCAGAGCUACAUGGACAAUCGACCAUUAUACAGGACUAUCAUUUAGAGAUGCUGAAUCAGCACAUGCCGCCCCGGACUAUAGGGUAUCCCUGGACCCUGGUUUACAGCACAGAGCAGCACGGGUUCAGUCUGAAGACUUUAUACAGAGACAUGCAUGGCGUUGACAGUCCUGUCAUGCUCUUAGUCAAGGACACCGACGACUUUAUCUUUGGUGCUUUGACAUCGUGUGAACUGAAACCAAGCGACCAUUUUUACGGAACAGGAGAAUCAUUCCUAUUCACCUUCUAUCCAGAGUUCAAGGUAUUCAGAUGGACAGGUGACAAUAACUUCUUUAUUAAAGGCAACCAAGAAAGUCUCUCGAUUGGGGCAGGCCAAGGACUAUUUGGUUUGUGGUUUGACGAGGGUUUGUACCACGGCCAGACUCACCGAUGCGACACAUAUGACAAUGACAUACUUACCUCAUCCGAAGACUUCAUCGUGAAAGUUCUGGAAGCAUGGAUAUUUACACAGGACUAGCUCUGUCUCCAACAAGUCAUUUGUGAUGGUUCCUUUCCAGCAAUAAAUACUUUGUAAAUGUAGCACAGAAUCAUUGUCGAUGCUGCUGACGUGUCGCUGUCGAGUAAACAAUCUAUUUUUUGAUUGGUUGGAAUGCUCAGUCGGACUUUCUCUGUAUCCUUGCUCUUAUAUUGAUACAAUGCACAUGUAGGAAAAUGUGUAGAAGCAUAUUUAAUGGAACUAAUGUGGAUAGUAUCUGUUAAUGAAAUGUGAAGCAUAUUCACCAUGAAUUGUAUGCAUUAAAGUCUUGCAGGAUAGAAUUUUGAUUGGGUCAGAGUUAUUUAGAUUAAAUCCCUUGUCAUUUGGAUUUCCUGUUAAUGUUUGUGUUCAGCUGAUUGUAAUGAAUUGUCUAGUCAAAUUUUGUAGGAUUCCUGUGAAGGUACAUAUAACACAGUAAGACAUGGUUACAACGAACAAGCUUAUACGGAGAAUUCUUACAGCAAAGUGGUUUUCAUUCCCUGUAGGUUUAGAACAUGUUAUGAACUUAUUGGAUAUAGUGAAUUAUGUGUAUAACGAAUCAGAAUUGUUUGUCCCCAGCACUUCACUAUAAGCAUGUUUUACUGUAUAGAAUAUUGAAUCAGGAUAACAGUUGUGUACCAUCAUUUAACAGGAUUGAGGGUAGAUUGCACAUUCAUGUAAGUGCAUGAUAAAAGUGCAUCAAGGGUCCACACUAUGAAAUGAAUUCUUGGAGAGGAAAAAAUUGUAAAAACAUGUAUAAUACUCUUUUUCUAUUUGUAUUUUCCACCAUGUCAGCUUUGUUCAGUUCGAAGAGUACUGGGUAAAUUCACCAUGUUUCUGUAAAACAAAGUGUUGCCUAAAAUAUUUGUGUUUACAUGUAUAGAAGUGGAACACAUUUUUUUUUUAUAAAGUAAAGGAUUUCCGAUGCCUCUCAUGUUCUUUCAUUCAUUCAAGCAAAGAAACACAAUGUCUUGACUCUCCUUUUUGGGGGGAUUGGUUUUUGAAAGCUUCAUUUAAAUAAUUUGCAAACUGAAAAACAAAUGCCAAGACUUCCAUUACCAAGCUAAUACAUGUAUAGAUGUCAAACAAGUGCUUCAGCUUAUGUUUACUAAUACAGUUAAGUCUGUCCAAUCUGACACCUGUGUACUGUUAACUCCCACCCUAAUUUCCAUUUACAAAUCUUCACACAACAUCAGGGGUCCUCUGUUCACAAGCCACGGCCACGCGUGAACUCGGGGACCCCUGACAGUGUAAGGAUGAACUUCACCAGCCACGGCCACGCGUGGACUCGGGGACUCCUGACAGUGUAAGGAUGAACUUCACACUGUAUAAUUCAAACAUCCUGUCUAAUCAACAAAAUUUAUCUCCCAGAAUGUGUUGGAUAAAACAGCAUUUACUGUAUUGUCUUUGAAAGGUUUUUUUUUUAUUUGUGGUAGAAAAACAUAAUCCAACAUGCCAUUUUACUUCAUUACUGUGAUAUACAAACAAUAAACCACGUUAUGAGAUACCACACACAACAAACCACAUUAUCAGAUACCACACAUAACAAGCCACGUUAUCAGAUACCAAACACAACAAACCACAUUAUCAGAUAUCACACAUAACAAACCACAUUAUCAGAUACCACAAACCACAUUAUGAGAUACCACACAACACAAACCACGUUAUCAGAUACCACACACAACAAACCACGUUAUUAGAUACCACACACAACAAACCACGUUAUCAGAUACCACAAACCACAUUAUGAGAUACCACACAACACAAACCACAUUAUCAGAUACCACACACAAACCACAUUAUCAGACACCACAAACCACAUCAGAUACCACACACAACAAACCACAUUAUCAGAUACCACACAACACAAACCACAUCAGACACCACAUACAACAAACCACAUUAUCAGACACCACAUUAGACUUUGUUACCAAUACUUAGUAUUGUAUGUAAUCAAGUAUUCCUGUACAAGUUUGUGAUAUGAAAUAGUACUUAUUGUUUUUGAGGACUGCCUGUAUGUGAUACAGAUAUGAUAUAUAUAUAUAUAUAUAAGUGUAGCUGUUAUGUGUUUAAAUCCAUGUGUGAAUGUUUAGAAUCCAAUUGAAAUCUGACAAAUAGGAAAAGUCCGGAUUCUCUGGUAUUUCCUGAUUUUUUCUUGUUGACUAAGAUUCAUGUAGAUCAACUGAUAAGAAAGUGUGAUAUGUUUUUAAAACCAGAGGCGAUUUUUGCUAUGGUGUGUACGAGAAAGUUACAAAAUUUUGUGCUGUGUCACUAUAUACGCAUUCCAUCUUCUACAUAGGUUCAUAUUUAGCUAUUUGUAUGUUAAACAUCUUAAAGCUAGAUAUUAUCGGAGAUUAGAUACGUUACUGUAGCCAUUCCUGUUUGUCAGAUUCUCGGUAUGUUUUCAAUAUCUAUGUACAGCUAAAUCAUUAGUGCACAGUGUAUUAAAUUAGGGCUUUCAUAUAGCUAGCUUACAUUAUAGUAUAUAAUUGUAUAUUAUGUCUUUGUCAAAAUAUCAAUAUUAUGAACUGACUGUCGCAAUAUCUGUGAAUUCAAAAUAUUGUUAAAUUUAAUUUAAUGUUGUAAGGAACAAACCAUUCCAUGUAUAGAGCAAAUUGAUUUGAAAAAUUGAAUUAAAUUAGAUUGUUUUUCUGUUAGUUUAAGCGUUGUUUUGUGGAAACUUUAAGGUAGGUUUUUACUUGACGCUGGGAUAUACAUGGGAGAAGCUAUUUAAUUAUAUCAAUGCUCGUGUUGAAUGUCCUCAAAUCAACAGAUAUUCAAAAAGUAUGUUACGCAUAUUAUACUGAAUAUUAGGUUUCAUUUGUAAGAAGUCUCUCGAUUGAAAUCAAAAGUCACAUUUUUAUGCAUUCUUCAUUAAGUCCUCUGGAGUAUAAAUUUCCUGAGCUUUCAUUUCAUAAAUUUAAAUAUUGAAUUUACCAAAUUAAAUGCCCGUGUAUUAAAAGGAAAACUAUGUUAUUCCAUACAACAUCCAAACUUCAUUCAUGCAAGCAAUUUAACCAUACUUCUUAGAUUCAAGUUAAAGAGUACAUUAAAAGAUUAUUAUGUAACUGCAAGAUUACAAUAUGUUUCAUUUUGUAUCUGAGAAGAAUUUCUAGGCAAUUCUCCAUUUCUAGUCAGAAUAAGUCAUGUAGUCAUCGAUAUCUAGGAUUUUGAAAAAAUAUUGCCAUAUAGAAUGUACAUGUAUGCUCUCUCUCUCUCUCCUCUCUCUCUCACUCACAUACACUAUGUACUUGUGCUCACAUGAAGCUAGGUGUAGAACAGAUUCAUAUAAUAGUAUUAUUUUACAACCUGAGUUAGCCUGAUGACAGUUAUUGUGUUUCUGUGUUAAAUGGUGGUCAUUGAUAGGAAGUAGGGUGUUCUGUGGACUGUGUUGAUGGGUAAUUAUAUACAAGGUUGGUAUUGAUCUUGUUAGGAGUCUGAUAUACCAUGUCAUUGUGAAUGAUCACUAUUGUACACUGUGAAAUACUUAUCAUGUUUAUAUAAGCACCAAUAAAAUAGAAUGAACAGA